CCUCUCUCUUUACAUCCAAGGCGCAGGCGGGAGCAACGUAUUUUCAGCGUCUGCUUUCUUCAAAAAACAAAAGCAAAAAAAACCCCUGAAUGACCGACGGGCAGUUCUUGUUGCAGCAUCCUUGUGACGUCAUCAGCAGGCGCCUGUAUUUACUUCUGGUCCAGUUAGCUCAGCCCGCUGUGCGAUGGAGGUAAACAGGGACGAAGCGGAGCGCUGCAUCGACAUCGCGACCGCGGCGCUGACGGACGACCAGCCGGAGAAGGCGCGGAGGUUCCUGGAGAAGGCGCAGAGACUCUUCCCGACGGACAAAGCGAAGGUACUCCUGGAGCUAAUAGCAAAGAAUGGAUUUACACCGAGACAGGGCAGCCACUCCGACUUCAGUGGGGCAUCCGGAUCUCGACAUCGGCAGGGCAACGGCGAGGACGCCAGACCUGAGGAAAAGUCUCCGGACUCCUCUAAAUCCUACACGGCAGAACAGCUCGAUGCGGUGAGGAGAAUAAAACAAUGUAAAGACUUCUAUGAAAUACUCGGGGUCCAGGCCAACGCCUCUGAGGAUGAACUGAAAAGAUCCUACAGAAAACUCGCCUUGAAGUUCCAUCCAGACAAGAACCACGCUCCUGGUGCCACAGAGGCGUUUAAAGCCAUUGGGAAUGCGUAUGCUCUUCUGAGUAACGCUAACAAGAGACAACAGUACGAUCAAUGUGGCGACGAGAAGCGGCACCCUUCAAGUAGCAGCCCAGACGAUGGAAACUUUGAGCCAGAUAUUUCACCCGAAGACCUCUUUAACAUGUUCUUUGGAGGAGGCUACCCGGCAAGUAGUGCUAAUGUGUACACUAACGGGCGGAUGCGUUUCCAAAGGCCAGAGAGAAGAGAGCGGCAGCGGGAAGGAGGCUUCGCUCUCUUCGUGCAGGUCAUGCCCAUCCUCAUCCUUGUUAUUGUGUCGGCCCUCAGUCAGAUCAUGGUCAAUAGCCCUCCGUACAGCCUCAGCUUCAGGCCGUCAGCAGGUUACACACAGAAGCGGCUGACUGAGAACCUGAAGUUGCCGUAUUAUGUGGGGGAGCAGUUCUUCAGAGAGUUCACUGGGCUGAACUUGAAGAACUUGGAGCGGACGGUGGAGGACGAUUAUGUUUCCAACCUUCGCAACAAUUGCUGGAAGGAGAAACAACAGAAGGAGGGCAUGCUUUACAGAGCACGCUAUUUCGGAGACAACGAUUUGUACCAAAGAGCGCAGAGGGCUCGCACACCGAGCUGUGCCAAACUGUCCGAGAUCACAGCCUGAACGCACGGUUAAUGCUGCUUUAGUGAGUCUCCAGAAUCAACACAAACUUGGCUGUAAAUAAAUGCUUUUAACAAUCUGGAGACCGAAGAUGACUCAACAAAGCGGCACCGACCAACCAGCACCAAAUGAACCAAUGUGAAGACAAACUGGCCAUUUCUUUGGGAUUCUAGUAUGUGAUUUAAUGAAAUAUAUAUAACGUUUUGAAACAGGUGGAAAACACUUUAAAUAGCUUGUCCCCCUGACAACAAGGGGGUUCGGAAAAAAAAAACAAAGCCCCAGUUUUAAAUGGGAACCAUGGAGCUGGUACAAGUCACUUUAUGAGAAUGCCGUUUGAAAGAGGAACAUUGUGAGGUUAGACAUAGUCGUACAGACGUUAUUUAUGUAGCAGUUUUAUUAGAUGCCAUAGUGAGCGCUUCCUCUUUUAUUUUGCACUGUUAAAUCAGCAUAAGUGAGGAGAUGGAGUGUUCGCUGACUUGACUUUAAAUGAACAUUUUAAAACUAUGCAGGUGCAACAGAGUUGGAAAUGAUGUACAUAACCUUUUUAAUGUGAAACCUCCGAUGAAUACACACUCGUGUUUAGGGUUUUCAACACCUGAGAUUUGUCUUUUUCGUCCAUGUGUACGAGUGAAAUAACAAAUUAAGAAAUGUCCCUUUGCACUUUGCCUCUUUUGAUUGUGUUAAGGAUAGAAUAAUGUGCCGUGACUUGAUGGCACCUCCCAAUAAAAGCCGAGGGAGAGAUAGAGUGAGUGUGCCUACCCACAAAGUGGGACUCUUAACAGGUUCCAGUUUUAAACUCACCAUCUGCAAUUCUUGUCGCACCUUUUUAUGUUCGUAGUAUGCCAUCUAUGUUUUAUAUUAUUUAUUUAUAAAACGAUUACUUCUCCUUGCUCACCCCUUUUUCCACCAUGUUUUUAUUCCCGGACGAAAAUAAACACGGAUGCUCAAAAA